AGGACUUUUAUUUUGGGAAUCUAAGCAAGCGCUUGCACCCGGAAAUGUCAGACAAAACAUCGAGAGAAACAAAAACGCCAGUGUUUUAUUUACAUAAAUGUAUUUCAAUGCACGAGAGUUGAGACAUAGUGUCAUAUGGUUUCAUUUAAUAUUUGUUUAUCUGUUAACUUAUUCAUAAUGUUUAAAAACAUGUUUAAAUCCGGGUGUUUAGUGCGAACUGCACAUGUAAUUCUGACUUGGCUCACAACUUUGGUACUAUUUCUUCAUAACACAGAUCUACGAAGAUGUCAACAGAGAGGAGAUCUCUUACAACCUGUGAUAUUUAGCUCUUUAGUUCUGCUGUCAGUGCUGCUGUACUUCACAGUGUCUCUCAUGGAUCCUGGUUUUGUUCGAUCUGACCAAGACGCAAAGGGAACUACAGUGGAUGAUGAUGAAGAACUAGAGAAGAUGAUUCCUCAAGAGCAAAGUUCAUUCAAGCAGCGACGUUGUGGUUACUGUUUCUUACUGCAACCAAUGAGGGCACGGCAUUGUAAAAUGUGUAAGCAGUGUGUAAGGCGUUUUGACCACCAUUGCCCCUGGAUUGACAACUGUGUUGGAGAGAGAAAUCACAAAUGGUUCCUGCUGUAUUUGUGUGUGCAGUUUGUUGCUGUAUCUUGGGGACUACAGGCUGCAUGGUCUGGCAUCGUAUUUGCCCCCACCUGGCAGCAGUGGUUCACUCAAAAUGGCUUCCUGCUCGGGGCACUUGGAUUGACAGGGGUGUUUACUAUGGUCGUCUUACUUCUGAUGGGCAUUCACGUGUACCUGGCGUCCGUUAACACCACCACCUGGGAGUUCAUGUCACGACAUCGCAUCUCAUACCUUAAACACUGCGACACAGAGGAUAACCCCUUCGACAGAGGAGUGAUAUGCAACCUAUGGGACUUUUUCUGCAUCUGUGGGACUGUGGCAUGGGAGAGAAUGUACAUCAAACAAACUAAUGGAACCGUAUGACAAGAAAACUAGGGGCUGUGGUGGGAUUUUAUCAACAUUUUUAGUUGAGUCUUAUUAUAUACUGUAGUCCCGACAGAGCACCUUGAUAUUAUUUUACACUGAUUUAGUGUGUGAUGUUCAGUACUGUUCUCAAGGCCCCAAGGGACUAAAUCAUCCAGGGAGAAGUACAAUGUUGAUAACAAAACUGGCUGUUAAUAAUUUUGUACCUUAAUUACUGGGUGGGUUUCUAAUCAAUUAAAAGUUGGUUUGGUGUAAUUUUAUUGUUUUUACUCAUAAAUUGUAGGAUAUUUAUCUGACAGUUGGUUCUGUUUUUAUGGGGGCAGUUUCCCGGACAGGGGUAAGACUAGUCCUAGACUAAAAUAAUGAGCUGUCCAAACUGCAAACAACUUGCACUGACAUAUCUCGAAAUAUGUCAGUGCCCUUUGGUUUGCCUCAAAAUGCUCACAAGUAAUGUUUUUAGUAAGGCAUGUUUGUUAAAACUAGUUAUAUUUCCUAAUUAACAUAAGGCCUAGUCCUGGUUUAAGAUUAUCCCUGUCCGCCCCAUAAAGAAUACAGUUUUACAGUUUACAAGUUUCAAAAGUUAAACCUUACUUGUUACUAGUUUGUUAUUGACAUUUAUUUUGAAUGUAAAAUAAACUUUUGUACAGAAUUAUAAGUUUGUACUAUUAGGUAUACAAAGUUUAGUAGACAUUUUGGAGAAUAUAAUACAGAAAUGUCACUUGUGACCCGGUUUGUUGAAAAAAAAAAAAUAAGACAAGAGGAAAAAACUUUACGGGGCAGUUUCCCCGGACAGGGCUUUUCCUAGUCCCGGACUAAAAUGCAUGUUUGAGCUGCCUUAUUUUAAAACUAUCUUGUCCUGAAAUAUAUUAACAUAUAUGAGUACCAAUAAAGAACGAGUUUUUCUAAACUUUUGACUGGUAGUGUAUAUCAGUACCAUUGUUAUGUCUGAAGAUGCACACCAGUAUUUUUUUUUAUAUGUUUGUAAAAAUUACUUAAAUGUCCCAAUAUUACUAAGACCUAGUCCUGGUUUAACCUAAACCCUGUCCAUGAAACCGCCCUUACAAGUCAUAAAUUUAAAUUAAUCCCAGUUCAUAACUUGUAAGCAGUUAUGGGCAAUGGCUUAAUUAUGUCUGACUCAAAGUAAUAGUUUUGUAACUAAGGGGCAGUUUUCCAGACAGGGUUUAGAUUAAUCCAGGACUAGACCUUAGGAUAUUUAAGUAGUUUUUACAAACAAACCUUACAAAUAAAGACACAGGUGUGCAUCUUGAGACAAAACAAUGGCACUGAUAUACAACACUACCAGUCAAAAGUUUAGAAACACACGUUCUUUAUUUAUAUUUUUUUCACAUUACAAAAUAACAAUAAACUCGUCCAAAUUAUAGUAUAAAGAAGUGUUUUCCUUCAAUGUUCUGUCCAUGUCAUCUAUUUUAAAGUAAUAUUUUAAAGGGGCACUGUCAUAAGAUGUAAAAUAAAUCUUUGGUGUCCCCAGAGUACAUAUGUGAAGUUUUAGCUCAAAAUACCAUAUAGAUAAUUUAUUAUGACAUGUUAAAAUUGCCACUUUGUAGUAUAAGAAAUAAGGUGCCAUUUUGGGGUGUGUCCUUUAAAUGCAAAUGAGAUCUCUGCAGUGCUGUGGUUGGAUAGUGCAGAUUAAGGGUCGGUAUUAUUCCCUUAUUACAUCACAGUGGAAGCCAUAUUUCAAUUACCUAUUUUUUCACAUGCUUGCGAAGAAUGGCUUAUCAAAACUAAGUUACUGUGUUCUUUUUCAAAUUUCCUACGUUGAUAGAAGCACUGAGGACCCAAUUAUAGCACUUACACAUGAAAAAGUCAGAUUAUCAUGAUAUGUCCCCUUUAAGAUAUGUCAGGGCAAAGUGUUUUUAAUUGAAGGCAGCUCAAACAUUUAGUCUGGGACUAGAAUAAGCCCUGUCUGGGACACUCAUCCUAAGAGUCCAGUCUCAUAUCUCCCAUCAUAUUAUGUCAAUAUUAAUUAUUAUCUGAUAAGUUAACCUUUUGACAAAGUAAAUAUUUGCAUAAUUUUGUAAUAAAUAAUAUUUACAUAAAAAGACAACUUUAUCUGAAACCUUCAUAUUUAUGUAAAUAUUAAUGUAACCAGCAGUUAAAACAAUAAAUAAAUAAAGUUUUACAAAUUAUAAUUUCA